AUGCCUGAUAAUACCCAGCUGCUCGAGUUUAUAGCGCAAAAGCGUUUCCACCAGCGGAUUGUCUUGCCUGCUACUACAGAGCAUGGGCGUCUCGCGGUUACCUACGCAGACAUCGGGCCCCAAACAAAGAAAGAUGGCUCACCCACCCCAACUAUGCUGCUGAUUCAGGGGAUGGCAGGAUCACGGCUCUGGUGCUGCCAGAAAGACCACCUAGCCAACAAACUGGGGGUCAGAAUGUUAUCCAUCGACCGGCCCGGCAUUGGCGGGUCAACUCCCGUCCCCCCUGAAAAACGAGUCAAAGUAUGGCUGGAAACAGUGUCAGCUGUGCUGGAACAUCUAUCCAUCAAGCAUGUCGUCCCGAUAUCUCACAGUGCCGGCACUAUCUACCUCUUGAACUUACUAUCUCGUCGGCGCGACCUUCUCUGGCCGAAAAUGCCAUUGGCAGUACUGAUGGCUCCGUGGGUGGAGCCCAAAUACUCGGACAUUCUCUCCUUACAAAUGGCCAAAAUGCUGCCUACUGGCGUCCUGAAGCAAUGGAACAAGGUGAUGAAAUUCGUGGUCACCAAAGCAGCGCCUUCUCUCAGUUCGAGUGUGGAUAUUCUCUCCUCGAUGGGCGGCAGUAUCCCCCGUGGGUCCACAGAAGACAUUAAUCACCGUGAACCCAACCUCACGGCAGAUGAGAUAGGCCCACGGACCGCCAAACAGUUGGAGAACUUGUGCAUUGAGUAUAUUUUCCUGGAAGAUACCACAGGAAUGAACGAUGAGGCUGUCGUCUGCCUGAAGAAGACAGCCGGGUUGUGGGGAGCCUGCGAAGAUCUGCCUAUCUAUAUCCGCUGGCUGGUGCAGGCCGAAGAAUGGUACAAACAAGGCCACCCGGAGGAGCAGGAACCUUUGCAGGUCAAGGCCAUUUUUGCGGAGAAGGAUGGGAUGAUUGGACCCCAGGGACAGAAAUACUUCGAGAACUGCUUUGCCCCUAUCAAUCUCAAUAAUGUGGUUUCUUUUCAGUCGGUCAUGGAGAAAGGGACAGGACAUGACACCCUCUGGGCCUCGGAAACAGGAGCAUUUCUGAAGGUGAUGGAAGAUAUUAAAGAGGCAACAUCUCAAUAA